CUGGAAUAAAUCCAACUUCAGCCUAGUUGGUUUAGUGGUACAAGAUGCUUGCUGUUUUAAUUUGUUACGUCGAAAGAGUAUGGACAUAACAAAUACUAGAACAUCACAAGACAAACAAAUUAUCACAGGUGUUGUGAAAUAAUUUUAUUUGUAACUGUUUUACAUUCAUAUAUAAAUUGUAAUAACACAAGUUAGUAUGCCCAUGUUCUUUCAAUGUACCUAAUCAAAACAUCAAGCAAAAUGUACCACAGGAACUAUGUAUACAAGAUCAUGCCUUCUGGAUCAAGGGAUUAAUUUGAAUAUGUUAUACGGAACUUUUACCAAUUUCACUUUCGGGACAAGUAUGUAUCACAAUAUCAUUAUCACAUUAAUGACGACAUUAACAUGGCACAUUUAUGUCAUUACCAUAUCUGCAUUAUUAUGUGACUAGCAUGAUUAUAUGGGGGUUUUAGUUGGGGAGUAUUCUAAUGCUUGUUUUGCACAAAAUAUGUUUGUGUAUUAAACUAGCUUUCUGGUAACGUAUUUUAUGCUAUGGCCAUGCUUAUUCUAGAUUUAGAACAUACCUACUACAGUAUAUAUUUUACCUGUGGUAUCAUAUUCUAUACUUAAGAACAAGCCCUUCCUGUACUAGUAUAAUAGAACACCAUACUGAAGAUAUAUUACAUUUCAUUAUUAUUUCUCAAGAUAUAUAUCUGAUGUAACAGAAGCAUAUGAAUGUCCUCCGUCCAAAAGUUUUUUUUCCAGUGUUUGUACUUUAAGAACGUACAGGUAUGUGUGAAUGCACAGGUAUUAUAAUGUAAGCUUUAAACUUUGAUUACUUGCUAACCUGUAGAAAUUUAAAGUCUGUUUUCAGGAUAAAUUCAGGGCUAUGACUAGUGUCAAAAAAAGUUUUUGUCUAAUUUUUUUUUAGUUUGUGGAAAAGCCACAACGUAAGAUUAUUACCCACCUCUCUCCUAACAGCAAAUAAAAUGCACAGAGUAAUUGUAUUGUUUUGUGGCUUUUAAAUGAAUAAAGAAAAAAAAUUCUGAAAAACAUUUUUUCACAUCCUGACAUGUAUCGAAAUAUUUCCUAAGAGAAUGUUGAGGUACUUUAAGUUGUUUAUCGUUUUUAAAAAUGCACAAGAUUUUAUUAAGUUUGUUUUAAUCAACAAAAGUAAGAAGAGUAAAAAUUAUAACGUUUUUUUUUUACUUCCUGAUAUGUUUUUCAGUCAUUACCCAAGAGAGCAAUACUUGCAGCAAGAAACACAUAACUCCAUAUGUGACAAAAUCUGAUUAUGAGGCCCUUGUUUUUAUUGAAGCAAGCUUUUUGCAAGCACAGCAGGGACUCGCACAUGGCGGCGCUUGCGAUAUCGCAAUCAUGAAUGUUAAAACUAUAAAACUAUUGGUAGACUGCUUGAUGUAACACAGUGCUGUCUUACAAAAUGAUUCCAAAGCAUUUCAGGAAGCAAAAGGUAUUUUGUAAUUUUUAUUUUCUUGUUUGCAAAAAAUCUGAUAAACUGUAAAAUUACAAUGAACACAAAACACUACUACUUAAUUACUAUAACAUUUUAUAAAAUUAUAAAAAUAAACCACCUACUUUUCUGGCUGCUUGUCUUAAGUUUACACAAAAAAUAUUUACUGUUCUGCCAUUAAUCUCACUUAGGGCCGGUUUUAUGACCCCCGGCUAAAGUUCCGGCUAAAAUUUAACCCCAGGCUAGCGCUUAUUUCGGUUUUAUGACUCCCUUUUAACGCCUACCUGCCAGUUAAAGUUCCGGCUAACCUAGCGGGUGGAUGAACCGGCCGCUAGCUACUUAACCGGAGGCUAAGCAUCAGAAAAUAAAAUGGCGAGACUUGUAGUUGAUAGUGAUAGCGAUGAUGAUUAUUUGGAAGAUAGAUUACGUGUCAUGCGAAAGGCGAAGCAAAUUCGACCAAGGACAGAAAACUUUGAAGAAUGGGAUGAAGAAGCAUUUUGUAUGCGGUAUAGAAUUACCAAAGAGACAGCACUACUAUUGCUAACAGAAAUCGAGGAACAUUUGGAGUACACAUCUGACAGGAACAGUUCUUUAAAUCCAGCAAACCAGUUGUUGUUGACAUUGAGAUUCUAUGCUACUGGUGGAAUGCAAACAACAAUAGGAGAUUGUUUUGGUGUGUCCAAGUCUACCACCUCCCGAAUUGUGACAAAAGUUAGUGGAGCAAUUGCCAGUUUAAGGCCCCAGUUUGUGAGAAUGCCUGAAACGCAAGCAGAAAUUAUUGCGGUACAGCAAGGAUUUUAUAGACUUGCAGCAUUCCCUCGAGUUGUGGGAACUGUUGAUUGUACACAUGUCAGGAUAAUUUCACCAGGAGGCAAUGCACCUGAAGAGUUCCGUAACAGGAAGGGUUAUUUUUCAGUAAAUGUCCAAACUGUUAGUGAUGCUGAACUAAAUGUUCGAGACAUUGUUGCAAGAUGGCCAGGUUCUGUGCACGACUCAACUAUUUUUAACAAUUCCACAUUGAAGGCACGUUUUAUGAGAGGUGACUAUGGGAAUGGGGUUUUGCUGGGUGAUUCUGGCUAUGCUCCUACCCAAUUUCUUUUGCCACCUCUUCGCAACCCAGUAACAGAAGAGCAAAACCUCUUCAAUGAAUCAUUAAUUAGGACAAGAAACACAGUUGAAAGGCAAUAUGGUGUAAUGAAGAGAAGAUUUCCAGUAUUGGCUCUUGGAAUACGAUUGCAUUUAGAAACUGUUGAAGCAGUUAUAGUUGCAUGUGCUGUCAUGCAUAACAUUGCGCUACAGAAAGGUGAAGAAGAACCACCUCAAGACCCAGAACUGGAAGACAGGGUGAAUGCUGCCAUCAAUGAUGGUGUAAUUCCUGUGGAAAACCAAGGUGUACAGGGACAAGAUGCAAUGAGAGAAACAUUCAUAAAUUAUUUCAGAAAUUUAUUGUAAUUCUUGCUAUUUUGUUUCUCAUUAAAUAAUAAUUUACAGAAAUGUAUGAUUACUUACUAAAAAUGUAACCCAAUAAAACUUUAUACAUAGUCAGCACAAAAAUAAG